UUUAAACACCCUCUUCUUUCCAAUAGUCCAAUCGCCACCCCUUACUCCGACAACCCACCCCAUUCUCUCGACCUCAUAAGUCACCCUCUCUGAAUCAUUUCACAAUUAACCAACCGGAAAUCGUUCUUCUCCGGAACCGCCCAACUGAUUCAGUCCAAAUUCAAAGAAAUGAGUAAAAAGAAAGUGUUGGUGGUGGGAGGCACUGGCUACUUGGGGCAGCAUCUACUUCAAGCCUUAUCAGAGAUCCAAGGAACGCCGUAUGACGUGGCAGCCACCCACCACUCCACUCCACUUCCUCAACCUUUGCUCGACGGCCUUCCUCCUUCUUUCGCUUUUUUUCACGUUGAUUUGAAAUCUGGAUCAGGAUUCGAUGUCGUUUCACUCAAAUUUGGUCAGCCCGACGUCGUUGUGAACUGUGCUGCUCUCUCCGUGCCACGUGUAUGUGAAAAAGAUCCUGAUUCUGCUAUGUCUAUUAAUGUUCCUUCAUCCAUUGUAAAUUGGUUAUCGAGCUUCUCUGAGAACAAAGAAACUCUUCUGAUUCAUCUAUCAACAGAUCAAGUUUACGAAGGGGCGAAGUCGUUCUACAAAGAAGAAGAUGAAACUGUUCCUGUGAAUGUUUAUGGCAAAUCAAAAGCAGCAGCCGAGAAGUUUAUCUCUGAAAAAUGCUCCAAUUUUGCAAUUUUAAGAAGCAGUAUUAUCUUUGGCCCACAAACUAUUUCACCUGUACCUAAAUCUCUUCCAAUUCAGUGGAUGGAUGGUGUCCUUGCUAAAGGAGAAAAAGUGGAGUUUUUCCAUGAUGAGUACCGCUGCCCAGUAUAUGUGAAGGAUGUUGUGACUAUCAUAAAGGCUUUGAUAGAUAGAUGGUUAUCAGAGGGUAAUCAAAUGCAGUUACUAUUGAAUGUUGGUGGACCAGAUAGGGUAUCACGAGUUCAAAUGGCUGAGGCAGUGGCAGAUAUAAGAGGAUACAACACAUCCCUAAUCAAACCAGUGUCUGCAUCAUCUGUUGAUCGAGGUGUCAUGUCCCCGGCUGAUAUAUCCAUGGAUAUCACUAAACUGGUUCAAACACUCAAUAUCUGUCCAGUUUCAUUCAAAGAUGGGGUCAAACUGACACUACAAGAAGAAGCAAAAUCUUAAUGUUUCAAUUAUACUGUCAAUGAUUCUCGAUUGCUUUGUGAACUUUCUACUUGAAGCCAUUGCACCGACAGAAAUGUACACCUUCAAUACUCUGAUAUAUUCUUCAAUAUGUGCAAGUCUGGUGUCAAGAUAACAAGAUUUGUUGGAGUACAGGAUCUCUGUUGUUCCUGUGCAUAACUGCUGCCUGUGUUUGCAGCCCAGCAAGUUCCAUUUGUCGUCUCAACUCCAUAUUCUAUGUUCUUGUUGGAAAAUAAGCCUGAGGAAAACUAGUACCUGUGGCUGAAGUCCUGGGAGAUAUCUAUAUGUUGUACAAACUGUGCAUUUAUUUAAUUGAUUGAAAUGCCAUAUGCGAUAUGUCCC